AUGUCCUCAUCUGGGCCCGACAUUUCCGAGCUGUCCGAGAGCCAGCGGUCUGCUCUUGAGACCUACACCACAGUGACUGGCCAGGAGCCGGUAGAGGCCAUUGCAUUGCUAGGUCGGUCGCAAUGGAAUGUACAGAUUGCCAUCGCGAAAUUUUUUGAUGGCGAAGGACCAGAUCCUGUUGAAGAAGCUCGCACGUCGCUCGAAAACGCCAGCCCUGCCCGUCCAACCCGACAAACGCAGAACCUGCUGCACGAGGAUCUGACUGCACGCUUCACCCCAGCCUCCCCUACUGCCGAGCCAGCUCCCCGGAUUGUGACGCAACCAGGAGACCAGCCUGUUUACCGUCCUCCGUUCAUACUAGCUCUCGUCUUUGCCCCGUUCAACCUUCUGUACAGACUGUUUGUCGGUUCUUUCCGCCUUUUUGGAUCCCUGUUUCCCUUCCUUCCCCGAUUACUCAAUACGACGGCAAGUCCAGCUCUACAAGGAACCCGACGAAAUACUAAUGGACGGCGUCCCCUCGCGCCCAAGGAUACCGCGGCAAGGUUCAUCCGUGAAUUCGAGGAGGAAUAUGGAGCCAAUUCGGUCGAGUUCUUGGAGAAUGGGUAUAACAUGGCCCUGGAGAGAGCACACCGGGAGUUGAAGUUUCUUUUGGUCGUUCUUCUCGCACCUGAGCACGACCACACGGAUGAUUGGGCUCGAGACACACUUUUGUCAAAGGAGGUCACCGAUUUUAUUAAUGACCCUCAGAACAACAUCAUCGUUUGGGGCGGCAAUGUGCAAGAUGCCGAGGCAUACCAGGCUGCAAACUCUCUUCGAUGCACAAAAUUCCCGUUCGCUGCUGCGAUCGCGCACACGCCGGGUGUUUCUUCCACCGCCAUGUCUGUUGUUGCUAGAAUAUCCGGGGCUACCUCGCCUGCAGAGUUUGUAGAGAAACUCCGCACUGCAAUUUCGCAAAACAAGGAACCUCUCGAGCGAAUCCGAUCAACGCGAGCAGAACAACAGGCUUCUCGCAGUCUCCGAGAGGAGCAGGACUCAGCAUACGAGCGCUCACUCGCCAUCGAUCGAGAGCGGGCUAGACAAAGACGGGAAGCAGAAGCUGAAAGGCAGCGGGAAGAGCAGCUAGCAGCGGAACGGCAAGCAGCCGAAGAGAAGCGCUUGGCCAACGUUGAACAAUGGAAGCGAUGGCGAGCCCAGUCUAUCCGCGAUGAGCCAGACACAGAUGUCAAGGAUGUUGUCCGGAUUAGUAUCCGUUUACUCUCCGGUGACCGUGUUAUCCGCAGAUUCGCACCUGAUGCCGACAUGGAGGAACUGUACGCAUUUGUUGAAUGUCACGAUAUCAUCCAGGAGGCGAAAAUUUCAGAAAAGACCACAUCGGAAAAGCCAGAUGGAUACGACCAUGUCUACGGCUUCCGGCUUGUCUCGCCCAUGCCACGAGUCGUCUAUGAAGCCGACGCUGGCUCCGUCCGGGACAAGAUUGGCCGCGGCGGAACUCUUCUAGUAGAGCCGAUUGAGAUUGACGAUGAAAGCGACCAGGAAGAUUAG